AUGCAGCACAGUCUGGCGGCAUGGAGCGUCUCCGCUCCUGAAAUCACCAUUGCUCUCAACGCUAAGGGGACGCAGCUGAGGACAAAACCUUCCAAGUCCACCAUCCGACUCCGGAAUCGACUAGCCAACAAGAGCCCUGCAGAAGUGGACAACUUUUGGAAGCAAAAGUAUGCACGUUCUAAGUCAAAACUCAAGUCAAAAGUGCCUCAACCUACGGACGUCUCCUCGCAAACAGACGUUCCUACGGCCUCGGAUUUAACUUUGUCCCCAUCGCCUACUGCUACAGCUACAGCGGACCUUCAAUCACGCGCACCGACGCCCACACCGAAACCAACGUUGGAGCCGGGUCCUUCAGACGGAGUCGACCCUUCGACGAAACCUCUCGACGGGCCUUCGGAGGAUCAGGCAACGCCCGUUCUUGAGCAGGACCUUCAAUCACAUGCACCGACGCCCACACUGAAACCAUCAUUGGAGCCGAGUCCUUCAGACGGAGUCGACCCUUCGACGAAACCUCUCGACGGGCCUUCGGAGGAUCAGGCAACGCCCGUUCUUGAGCAGGACCUUCAAUCACAUGCACCGACGCCCACACUGAAACCAUCAUUGGAGCCGAGUCCUUCAGACGGAGUCGACCCUUCGACAAAACCUCUCGACGCGCCUUCGGAGGAUCAGGCAACGCCCGUUCUUGAGCAUGACAGUCCUCCUGCUUCUCAGCCAGGAUCACCUUCGACUACGCCCCUUCCCAGCCUGAGAAAUCCGUCCUCCACACGGUCCCCUUCCCCUACGUCUUCCGAUACAUCUUUAGGCGGCGACCGUAAGGCUUUACUCCAGUCACUGGCUGCACAGGCAGACAUUCUUCUAGAAGCAGUAGAGAAUUGGAGAAUCUCCGAAGAUGUCACCAAUCUACUCGACUCACGGCUGAAGGCAGCGUCAAAUUUGCUGAGGCAGCCGACUGGGGUAAAAAAAACGUCUUGA